AUGGCUGCGCGACUGUCAACUACUGAGCUACUGAGUUUGGAUUGUGCAGGACUGCAGAGAAAACUCGAGGCUGGUUUGCUUACCAGCGUCGAGCUUGUUCAAGCAUGUCUUGCGCAAAUUGGCAAACAUGAUCAGCAAGGCGCGAAGCUGAAUGCGAUGAUUUCUAUCGUUCCAAACCGCAUUCUGAUGGAGCGCUCGGCACAGCUUGACCGUGAGCGAGCGGCAGGUCUCGUCAGGAGCCCAUUCCACGGCAUACCGAUACUCGUCAAAGAUGCCAUUGCGACAAGACCUUCCCUCGAACUUGCAACGACAUUGGGUAGUCUUGCCUUGAAAGACUCGCUUAUGCCCAAAAAUGCCCACAUAGUCGACAAGAGGAUUUGGGCGCCAUCGUCCGAUGUAAAUUCGAACGGAUGGUCAGCAGUCGGGGGGCAAACACAAUCCGCUUAUAUUGCUCUCAAGCAGGAUGAGAAAGGCCUUGGGCAGAGUGAUCCAUGUGGUUCUUCCACAGGCUCCGCAGUGGGCGUCUCGGCAGGCUAUGCCCCAUUAGCUUUAGGAACUGAGUCAAUUGGUUCCAUAGUCAUGCCAGGUUCCAGAGCCGGAUUGUAUGCCUUCAAGCCCGCACUAAACAGUGUGAAUAUGGAUGGAGUUUUCAAAAGCUCCUUGGAGCUGGAUGUUGUAGGCGGCUUUGCUAGAUCUACAGCAGACUUGGCCCUGCUGAGUGAGGCAGCAUUGAUCGAGGAGAAGCGUAAUCUACUGCCAGAAGAAGGCUAUCAGAAAUUUCUAACCAAAACCUUUGACUCGCUUCGGAUAGGCUUUCUUGAUCCUACGAAAUGGUCUCUUCACCCCGGUAUUGUGCAGUUAGACGAGGCUACAUUGCAAGAAAUGAAUGACAUAUACUUCGCCGUCAUUGAACGCAUAAAAACACAUUGUAUCGAAUCAUCUGUGACAUAUCCAGUCGAUAUACCACCCGCUACGGACCUAUGGUAUGAGGGGCGGAAUCCAAUCGACGUGAUCAUAUCAUACGAAGGCAAACAGGCACUCGAGACCUGGCUAGGCGAAGCUAAAGUUCCUGGCUUAAGCACAAUAGAAGAUGUGAUCAAAUUCAACUUGGACCACCAACAACAGGAGCUGCCUGAGAACCACCCGGAUCAGAACCAGCUGCUUAAAGCUUCUCGAGACCCACCGACGAGAGCAAUUUAUGAGGCUGUCAAGGAGAGGAUUAAGACAGUGUCAAAAGAUGACGGCAUAGAUAAACUGUUUCGCGAGCAGAACUUGAAUAUACUAGCCUUUCCUCUGGACAGCCUUAUGGUGUUCAUAUCAGCUGCAUCAGGGUAUCCAAUUGCGACGAUGCCCGCUGGAGUCAUUCAGGCAGAUGGAAGACCAUAUGGACUGGGUAUAAUGGCUCAGGCUGGCAGAGAGGACUUAAUAUUUCAGUUCAUGAGUGCAUUCGAAGCCUACUUUCCCCCGCGUGUUAUUCCAUCUCGUGUUCAAGGUGGUGAUGGUAUAUGCGCCAAAGUGCCCAUCUAA